ACCACAACUGCAUAGAUACCAGACUAAAUAUAAGUCGAAAUGUCUGGCGCCGUGCGAGAAAUACAAGUUAGUGAGAGCGGCCAAACUUCAAAUAGAAGCACUACUGAUCUCUCUGAAGUUCUCUCAAGACUUGAAGUAAUUGAAACUUAUUUAAAAGACAUUGAAGGUAACACAAGGUCUAGCGAUGAACAGAAACUGGUCUUCAGAGAUUCAUCGGAUUUGGUAACAGUCCUAAUCAGAACCAGUAUAAUCUCUAUUGGAGAAAUUGACACAGUAAAACAGGAAUUUACUUGUGACAUUUUUGUUGCUGCAAAGUGGAAAGAACCAAGACUAAAGGGAAGAAAAAACGAGGAUAUUGACUGGAGCCAGGAAUGGCAUCCAAGGAUAGUAUUCUUCAAUGCUCUUGUUAUUGAUAAAAUGGAAAAGCGGCGAUUCAUUGAAGAAGAYGAGGAUGAUAUACCAUAUGCUUAUGAGACAUUUAGAAUAUUUGGAACAUUCAGAGAAAAUUUAGAACUUGAUCACUUCCCUCUCGAUUACCAGGAGCUAACUAUUACCCUGAUGUCAGACUGGACAGAUAAAAUGGUCAAAUUUCAAAAAGAUAUGAAGAGAAAAGACUGGAUUCGUCCAGAGACAUUCACAGCAGUCCAGCAGUGGAACCUACAGCGGUUUGUUGUCACAAUAUCAGAAAGCACACAACAUAGCACUGCAAGCAGUAAUAAUAACUACCCAAUGUAUCAUAUAAAAGCUUUUGUCAGGAGGAAAAAUGGAUUUUACUUGUGGAAUGUUGCUUUGAUUGUUUUUCUUAUUACAGCCUUGUCCUUUACUUCAUUUUCUGUGCCAAUAAGUGAGUCUGCUGACAGACUAAGUGUGACGCUGACCUUGCUGUUGACAGCUAUUGCCUUCAAGUUUGUGGUAUCUCAGAGUCUACCAACAAUAUCAUAUCUCACCUUGCUGGAUAUGUAUGUUAUUUCUGGCUUGGUCUUUCUGUUCUGUAUUGCUGUUGAAAAUGGACUUGUAGUAGCUCUGCCAGUAAAGAUUCAAAAGGAAGUUGACAGAAUUUGCCUGUUCACUGCAAUUGCUAUAUUUGUAUUAAUUCACAUCAUUGCAGUUAUUGUCGUUCUCAUGAAGAAGCGAAAAGUGGACAAGACAGUGUUGGAAUAUGCCAAAAAAUACAAGGCAGUUUGUGAAGAAAUUGAUAAAGUUGGAAUGGGCAAGCACAUUUAUUAAGUUCUUAAAAGAAACAAUCCAAAGACAAAAUCUGAAUUUUGAAUUUAAUAAUUAUUUUUUUUACUGCCUGUUACACAUAAAAACU